AUGGUCCAGUCGUCUUUCGACGAGAAUAUCGAUUUCCAGAACUGUCACAUGCCAUUUCCUUUGGAAACAUUAUCGAGAAUGGAAAUGGGACUUCGGCAAGCUCCGCCGUCGAAAGAUCGACAGGGACGCGGGGGCCGGGGGAGCAGCCGUGGCGAUCAAGCGUACGCAACAGUGCGUUCCGCCUGCAGUGGUCUCUUUGGAACAGACAACGGACCGAAUCCUCCUGGCGCACGUUCGUCGACAAGUGUCACAGAGUCCUUGUACCCACUCUUGGCUACUGCCUCCGAGGGCAUUCCCACGCGAGCCCAUCACCCAGGCACAGGGUUGAAGUCCUAUAAGAAGCAGCGCCAAAAGGGGCAGGUCAGACAGGCCGCUUCUGCGGUGUUAUUGGCUGGACGGGAAACGGCAAGCGUCGUACUACUGCCCCCUGAAUCCACAGCCGGCCGCCUGGGCAAGUCUUGUUAGUGCGCAGCAAAUGGAAAACAAAUCCAAGAGCACAAAGAUCUGCCUGGGGACACAAAGUCGAGGUGAAACGAGCACAAGGUUCCAGCAGGCGCGAACGCAUUUCCUGUGCUUCGGCUCAUAACACCAC